AUGUCAUCGGAACAGCCCAUAAUCCUGUACCACUAUCCCUUCUCGCCAUAUGCGAGGCGGAUAGUGUGGUACCUGCAGCUUCGCGGCAUCCCGUACAAACAAUGCAUGCAACCCCCAAUCAUGCCCCGGCCGGACAUUUCCAAGCUGGGGAUUAAAUAUCGCCGCAUCCCGAUCAUGUCUAUUGGACGGGAUGUAUACUUGGACACGCGGUUGAUCCUGCAGAAACUCGAGUCCUAUCCCACCAGCUCCCCAAGGCUCGGCGCCGCAGAGAACACAGAGCAGCGCGCCACCGAGCGCCUGCUAGAGAGGUUUAACGUCGACGGCGGCGUCUUCGCCUGGGCCGCAACACUGCUCCCGCGCGAGCUGCCCAUCUUCAAGGACCCUAAUUUCCUCAAAGACCGGGCUGAUUUCAUGAAUGGCAGCAACGUGCUCGGUCAGAAGUCAGGGGCAGCGAAGUUUGAGGCGCUCAACGACAUCCGACAUGUUUUUGAGCUUCUUGAGACAACGUUGCUGGCCGACGGGAGGGACUGGGUUCUAAAGACUGAAGGGCCGAGCUUGGCCGAUAUUGAGGCCGUCUGGCCGCUUCAUUGGCUGUCAGGGCUGCCGGGAGCCCUGCCUUCGGACCAAAUCUCGAAGACGCAGUUUCCCAAGGUAUUUGCGUGGAUCGAGCGUUUCGACAAGACUGUCACUGCCGCGAAAAAGAAGCUGGGUAAGGUCCCCAACGUGUCUGGUGAGGACGCUGUACAGAGCAUUGUACACUCGUCCUUUUUCGAGAGGACAGGCAAAGAGGUCGAGCAGAGCGAGCCGCUCGUGAAGGCCCUAGGACUGAACAAGGGCGACAAUAUUGUGGUAUUCCCACUUGACUCCGGAUCGUCACAUAAAGACUCCGGGGUUCUCCAAAGCCUCGAUGGCGAAGAAGUUGUUUUUGAGACGAAGACGGAGUUCGAAGGGUCCCCAAUAAUACGGGUCCAUGCACCACGACACGGCUUCCGGGUUGUUCGCGAAGACCAGGCAUCUCGCCUUUAA